AUGACGACGCUCGAGAGCCACAUGACGUACACCAUCCACCACGAGCAGACCUACAUGACCCAGGAGGAUGACUGGGACCGAGACCUGCUGCUCGACCCGGCCUGGGAGAAGCAGCAGAGGAAGACGUUCACAGCCUGGUGUAACUCCCACCUGAGGAAAGCCGGCACACAGAUUGAGAACAUUGAGGAGGAUUUCCGAAAUGGCCUGAAGUUGAUGUUGCUUCUAGAGGUCAUAUCAGGCGAGAGGCUCCCCAAGCCAGACAAAGGAAAGAUGCGCUUCCACAAGAUCGCCAAUGUCAAUAAAGCUCUUGACUUCAUCUGUAGCAAAGGCGUCAAGCUGGUGUCCAUCGGCGCAGAGGAAAUCGUUGACGGCAAUGUGAAAAUGACCCUCGGAAUGAUCUGGACCAUCAUCUUGCGCUUCGCUAUCCAGGACAUCUCUGUCGAGGAAACGUCCGCCAAGGAGGGUCUGCUUCUGUGGUGCCAGAGGAAGACCGCCCCGUACAGGAACGUUAACGUGCAGAACUUCCACAUCAGUUGGAAGGACGGCCUGGCUCUGUGCGCCCUCAUUCAUAGACACAGACCCGACCUCAUCGACUACUCCAAACUGAGAAAGGAUGAUCCCAUCGGCAACCUGAACACAGCCUUCGAGGUGGCUGAGAAAUACCUGGAUAUCCCAAAGAUGUUGGAUGCUGAAGACAUCGUCAACACCCCCAAACCUGACGAGAAGGCCAUCAUGACCUACGUGUCCUGCUUCUACCACGCCUUCGCUGGUGCCGAGCAGGCUGAGACGGCCGCCAACCGGAUCUGUAAGGUCCUGGCGGUCAACCAGGAGAACGAGAAGCUGAUGGAAGAGUAUGAGAAACUGGCCAGUGAGCUCCUGGAGUGGAUCCGCCGCACCAUCCCCUGGCUGGAGAACCGUGUUGCCGAGCAGACAAUGCGGGCCAUGCAGCAGAAGCUGGAGGACUUCCGCGACUACCGCCGUGUGCACAAGCCACCCCGUGUGCAGGAAAAGUGUCAGCUGGAGAUCAACUUCAACACCCUGCAGACCAAACUGAGGCUCAGCAACAGGCCUGCCUUCAUGCCCUCUGAGGGCAAGAUGGUGUCGGACAUUGCCAAUGCCUGGAAGGGCCUGGAGCAAGUGGAGAAGGGCUAUGAGGAGUGGCUGCUUACAGAGAUCCGCCGCCUAGAGAGGCUGGACCACCUGGCAGAGAAGUUCAAGCAGAAGUGUAAUAUGCACGAGUCGUGGACCGCAGGUUGGUCUUCGGUCAUUGCACGUAAGGAAGACCUGCUCUCCAAGAAGGAUUACGAGUCUGCGUCUCUGAUGGAGAUCCGAGCACUGAUGAGGAAACACGAGGCCUUCGAGAGCGACCUGGCUGCUCACCAAGACCGCGUGGAGCAGAUUGCUGCCAUCGCACAGGAACUCAACGAGCUGGACUACCACGAUGCCGCUAGUGUCAACGCCCGCUGUCAGGGCAUUUGUGACCAGUGGGACAACCUGGGCACUCUGACCCAGAAGAGGCGGGAUGCUCUGGAGCGUGUGGAGAAGCUGUGGGAGACCAUCGACCAGCUGUACCUGGAGUUUGCCAAAAGGGCAGCGCCCUUUAACAACUGGAUGGAUGGAGCUAUGGAGGACCUGCAGGACAUGUUCAUCGUCCACAGCAUUGAGGAGAUCCAGAGUCUGAUCACGGCCCACGACCAGUUCAAAGCCACCUUGCCCGAGGCCGACAAAGAGCGCAUGGCGACAUUGGGCAUCCACACGGAGAUCUUGAAAAUCGCUCAGACAUACGGAAUCAAGCUGUCCGGUAUCAACCCCUACACCAACCUUACGCCCCAGGACAUCGGCACCAAGUGGGACACGGUAAAACACCUGGUGCCCCUCAGAGACCAAAUGCUUCAGGAGGAAGUUGCCCGACAGCAGGCCAACGAGCGGCUCAGGCGCCAGUUUGCCGCCCAGGCCAACAUCAUCGGACCUUGGAUCCAAACCAAAAUGGAGGAGAUUAGCCACGUGUCUGUGGACAUCGCCGGCUCUCUCGAGGAACAGAUGAACAGUCUGAAGCAGUACGAGCAGAACAUCAUCAACUACAAGUCCAACAUCGACAAGCUGGAGGGCGACCACCAGUUGAGUCAGGAGUCGCUCAUUUUCGACAACAAGCACACCAACUACACCAUGGAGCACAUCCGAGUGGGCUGGGAGCAACUUCUUACCACAAUUGCCAGAACCAUCAAUGAGGUGGAGAACCAGAUCCUGACCCGUGACGCCAAGGGCAUCAGUCAGGAACAGCUUAAUGAAUUCAGGGCCUCCUUCAACCACUUUGACAGGAAGAGAAACGGCAUGAUGGACCCAGACGACUUCCGUGCCUGCUUGAUCUCCAUGGGCUACGACCUGGGAGAGGUUGAGUUUGCCCGCAUCAUGACCCUGGUGGACCCCAACAACACUGGCGUCGUCACCUUCCAGGCCUUCAUCGACUUCAUGACCCGAGAAACCGCAGAAACCGACACGGCCGAGCAAGUCAUGGCUUCCUUCAAGAUUCUGGCCUCAGACAAAAACUACAUCACAGUGGAGGAGCUCCGCCGGGAGCUGCCACCCGAGCAGGCCGAGUACUGCAUUAGCCGCAUGACGCGCUACGUCGGUGCCGACUGUCCCGCCGGCGCCCUCGACUACAUCUCCUUCUCCAGCGCCCUCUACGGCGAGAGUGACCUCUAA